AUGUCGUCCUCCAAAGCGGCCACCGUCUCCGAGGCGGUCAAGGACACCCUCCUCGGCACCGACGACUCCUCCAAGCUGUCCGCCCCCAACCGCGCCAUCUUUGUCGCUAACGCCAAGCGCGAUGACUCGGGCGAGCUCUACAUGGGCCCAGAGGAGUUCAUCGAGGCCAUUGCGCCCAAGGACGAAGACUACCACAAGAUCCAGCGCGACCAGUACAGCAUCCUCUUCACCGUCGCGGAUCGCAAGGGUAACGGCAAGGUGACGCUCUCCGACUGGGCCGCCUUUGAGAACAUCCUCAGCAAGCCCGAUGCCGAGUACGAGAUUGCCUUCCGCCUCUUCGACGUUGCGCGCAACGGCUCCGUCAAGUAUGACGACUUCCGCCACCUUUACGAGCUCAACAAGGGUCCCGACAGCAUCCCCUUUGACUGGGAGUGUCAGUGGGCCAAGCUCUACAUUGGCGACAAGAGCAAGCGCCAUGUCCUGACGUACCAGGAGUUCGCGCAGAUGUUGCGCGGCCUGCAGGGCGAGCGCAUCCGCCAGGCCUUCCUCCUCUGCGACAAGGACGGCGACGGCUACGUCGACCCCGAGGACUUUGCGAGGAUCAUCCGCGAGACCGCCAAGCACAAGCUGUCCGACCACGUCCUCGAGAAUCUGACGACCCUGUGCAACAUCUCCUUGAGCAGCAGGAUCUCAUACGCCAACGUUCGGGCGUUCCAGAACAUGAUCAAGGAGAUGGACUUGGUAGAGCUCAUCCUGCGUGGCGCCUGCCGCAAGAGCACAGACGGCAAGAUCACCCGCUCGGAGUUCCUCAACGAGGCCGCCCGCAUCACAAGAUUCUCCCUCUUCACACCCAUGGAAGCCGACAUCCUCUUCCACUUUGCCAGUCUGGACGAGCCUUCAGGCCGUCUCGGUCUCUCCGAUUUCGCCAAGGUUCUCGACCCAUCCUGGACGAACAGAGGUGUGGCUGUCGAGGCGGACAGCAGCAGUGCGGUCCAAGUGGCCAAGUCUGCUUCCAAGUCUUUUGCCAAGAAGGCUGCCGAGUCGGCGUACAACUUUGGGCUCGGCAGCUUGGCUGGUGCAUUCGGUGCCUUCAUGGUGUACCCAAUCGAUCUUGUCAAGACCCGCCUGCAGAACCAGAGAGGUGCCGAUCCUGGCCAGCGGCUCUACAAGAACUCGAUUGAUUGCUUCCGCAAGGUGGUUGCCAACGAGGGUUUCCGCGGUCUCUACUCUGGAGUGUUGCCACAGCUCGUUGGUGUCGCCCCGGAGAAGGCCAUCAAGCUGACAGUGAACGACCUUGUGCGCGGCUACUUCACCGACAAGAAGUCUGGUCAGAUCAAGCUGCCGUAUGAGAUUCUUGCCGGUGGUUCUGCAGGAGCCUGCCAAGUUGUCUUCACCAACCCUCUCGAGAUUGUCAAAAUUCGUCUGCAGGUACAAGGAGAGAUGGCCAAGGUUGCUGGUGCCCAGAAGCGCUCUGCCAUGUGGAUCGUCAAGAACCUGGGUCUCGCUGGCCUGUACAAGGGCGCGUCGGCGUGUCUGCUGCGUGACGUGCCAUUCUCUGCAAUCUACUUCCCCGCCUACAGCCAUCUCAAGAAGGACGUGUUUGGCGAGUCGCAGACUAAGAAGCUGGGCGUGCUGCAGCUGCUCACCGCCGGUGCCAUCGCGGGUAUGCCGGCCGCCUACCUGACGACGCCGUGUGAUGUCAUCAAGACCCGCCUCCAGGUCGAGGCCCGCAAGGGCGACACCAGCUACACGGGCCUGCGCCACUGCGCGCAGACCAUCUGGAAGGAGGAGGGCUUCAGGGCGUUCUUCCGGGGUGGGCCCGCCCGUAUCUUCCGGUCGUCGCCGCAGUUCGGCUUCACGCUCGCCGCGUACGAGGUGCUCCAGAGCGUCCUCCCGUUCCCCGGCAAGGCGCCGACAGAGCAGGUCCACACGGGCGUCGCGGAAGCCGUGGGCACGCUGACGCCCCGCGCCGACACGUCGUCGCCGCACUACCGGAGCCGCAACGCGCUCAAGCUCAUCCUCGACAUUGACGAGGACUUUGGCAAGGUCCGCAUGCCCGACCAAGUCGCGUGGAAGGCCGUGCCCAAGUUUGCGAGUGCCUAA